CCUCCCUUCUUCUCUCAUUCAUUCAACUCAUUAUUUAUCAUCACCCCGUUUCACUUCGUUUCUUCAUUCAACAAACCCCGUUACUCUACAUUUCUUCCCUAGAUUCACUCCCCUCUCUCUCCUCUCUCAUUCCUUCACAUUAUAUUCACACGCUAAAACACUUUCAGUUUUCACACAUUUUCACGCUGCUUCAACAUCUCAAGCUAAUUUUCCGCAACUAUUUGAGUGUGCAAAAAUGACAAUUACACCAAAGAUUUCCAUUGAUAACGGUGACCUGGUAGUGCAUGGGAAAACUGUGCUCAAGGGGGUUCCGGACAACAUUAUGCUGACUCCAGGAUCUGGAGCUGGACUGGUCUCGGGGGCUUUCAUUGGUGCUACGGAUACUAGUAGUAAAAGCAUCCAUGUCUUUCCCGUGGGUGUAUUAGAGGGUCUUCGUAUUAUGUGCCUUUUCCGUUUUAAAGUUUGGUGGAUGACUCAGAGAAUGGGAACGUGCGGAAAGGAUAUUCCAUUUGAGACACAGUUUAUGCUUGUUGAGAGCAAAGAGAGCCUUGACGGAGAAAGUGAAGGCCCAACUAUCUACACAGUGUUCCUGCCUCUUCUUGAAGGCCCAUUCCGUGCUGUUCUUCAGGGAAAUGACAAGAAUGAACUAGAGAUUUUCCUAGAGAGUGGUGAUAAUGCUGUUGAAACCAACCAAGGAAUUUCCCUCGUCUACAUGCAUGCUGGAACCAACCCCUUUGAAGUCAUCAAUCAAGCUGUAAAGGCUGUGGAACAACACUUGCAAACUUUUCGUCACCGAGAGAAGAAGAAGUUGCCCUCCUUCAUUGAUUGGUUUGGGUGGUGCACAUGGGAUGCCUUCUACAAGGAUGUCACAGCUGAAGGUGUUGAUGAAGGGCUUCAAACCUUGUCUGAAGGCGGUACUCCAGCAAGAUUCCUAAUUAUUGAUGAUGGUUGGCAACAGAUAGAAAACUUGAACGAGGUUGUCAAUGAUGAUGGUCAUGACGGAGCAGAGUUUGCGAUUAGGCUGACAGGAAUCAAAGAGAAUGAAAAGUUUCAAAAGAAUGGGAAACAUGAUAACCACGUCCCAGGCUUAAAGCUUGUUGUGGAUGACGCGAAGAAGCGGCAUAAUGUUAAGAAUGUUUACGUGUGGCAUGCACUGGCCGGUUACUGGGGUGGAGUUCGACCAUCUGGAGCAGGUUUGGAACACUAUGACAGUACUUUGGCAUACCCUGUCCAGUCUGAAGCAAUGUUGGGAAAUGAACGCGACAUGGUACUCGACAGUCUUAAAGUUUUUGGCCUGGGUUUGGUGCAUCCCAAAAAGGUCUUCAAAUUUUACAAUGAGCUUCAUGCAUACCUGGCUUCGUGUGGAGUUGAUGGAGUGAAAGUUGAUGUCCAGAAUGUUAUUGAGACCCUUGGUGCUGGCUAUGGGGGUAGAGUUUCUCUAACUCGCAUGUAUCACCAGGCUCUGGAAGCCUCCAUUGCACGAAACUUUCCUGACAAUGGAUGUAUUUCCUGUAUGUGCCAUAAUACUGAUGGACUAUAUAGUGCCAGUCAAACUGCUGUAGCGAGAGCUUCUGAUGACUUCUUUCCUCAUGACCCUGCUUCCCACACCAUUCACGUGUCCGCUGUGUCCUACAACAGUCUGUUCCUUGGGGAAUUCAUGAUACCGGACUGGGAUAUGUUUCACAGUCUCCAUCCAGCAGCUGAAUAUCAUGCUGCAGCUCGUGCAGUUGGCGGGUGUCCAGUAUAUGUGAGUGACAAGCCUGGCAACCACGAUUUCAAGAUUUUAGAGAAGUUGGUCCUCCCUGACGGAUCUGUGCUCCGUGCACAAUUGCCUGCCAAGCCCACUCGUGAUUGCCUCUUUGUUGAUCCAACUAGAGAUGGAGCCAGCUUACUGAAAAUUUGGAACAUGAACAAGUGCACUGGUGUGGUCGGCGUGUUCAACUGCCAAGGGGCUGGUUGGGAUAAGGUGACUAAGAAGACUCUCAUCCAUGAUCCAUCUCCUGGAGCGCUCACAACUUUUGUGACAGCUACUGAUGUUGAUGCCAUUGCUCAAGUUGCUGGGUCAAGUUGGAGUGGAGAGAGCAUAGUGUAUGCCCAAAAAUCAGGGGAAGUAACUCGUUUGCCGAGCGGUGCAUCAAUCCCCGUGACGCUCCAUGUUCUAGAACAUGAACUCUUCCAUAUCUGUCCUCUCAAGGAAAUCACACCCAGCAUUUCCUUUGCUGCAAUUGGUUUGCUGGACAUGUUCAAUACUGGCGGUGCUGUUGAGGAAGUUGAAGUACAUAUGUCUUCAGAGAAAAAUUCUGAGCUCUUCGAUGGUGAUGUUUUGUCCGAGGUGACCACUCAUUUAAGCGAAAACCGAUCACCAUCUGCUGCAAUUGCACUCAAGGUCAGGGGACGUGGCCGAUUUGGUGCUUACUGUUCCCAGCCCCCUUUGAAAUGCACUGUGGGGAAUAUAGAUACCUCAUUUAUCUAUGAUGCUGAUACUGGAUUGGUGUCGCUGAAUAUCCCCGUACCGGAAAAGGAAAUGUACAGAUGGCAUAUUGAAAUCCAAGUCUGAGUAAUCAUUUAUUCAUUUUUUUUAAUUAGUCAUUUAAGCUGCAUAGGCUGGUCCAUCAUGUUGGAGGUAGAAGUUAGUAGGAGGAUCAGGAAAUGUAUUGCAUUGCUCGACUGCACUGAGGGUCCGAGUGCGACUCCUGUUGUAGAAUUCUUGUGUCGCAUAUUAGUUUUCUGAAAUAAAAAUGCGUGGCUAUACAUGCCUUAAUUUUCCA